AGCUCGCAAUAAAAAUAAAUAUCGAAUUUGUGUUUGUGUGCUGCAGCCCAAAUAGUGUUUUCUAAUGUUUUACUGCAGUUUAAACUAGUGAGGCAUUUGAAGAUGACCGACAAGGGACAGAGGCACAGUGUACACCGGUGCAUCAGCAACUAUCCGUAUAAUGCGGGCAGCGGAAGCGCCCAGGCGAAUCUGGAGGCCAGCUGCAAGAAUUCGUUGGACUUUGUGCAACGCCUGAAUCUGUUGAGCACGUUGAGCGUGCACAACGGUUGUGUGAAUACGGUUAAUUGGAAUGCCAGCGGGACGCUCAUUGUAUCCGGCUCUGAUGACAAUCAUCUGGUCAUCACGGAGACCAAGAGCGGUCGUGUGGCGGCCAGGACAAAGACUCAGCACAAGCGUCAUAUAUUUAGUGCACGUUUUAUGCCGCACUCAAACGAUCUGGCGGUCAUCUCGUGCUCCGGCGAGGGUAUUGUGUUGCACACCGAAUUCCUGGCACCCUACGGACCCGGCAGAAGCAUGGAGGAGGCGCUCAUUGGCGAGCCCGAUCGCUAUGCCAGUUUCUUUGAUUGCCACGCCUUUGGCAGUACAUACGAUGUCCUGCCGCUGCCGGACAGCCCACGCAUGUUCCUCAGCUGCGGCGAAGACGGCACCGUCCGUUGCAUUGACCUAAGGGUGAGCAGUCGCUGUGCCGAGUCCGUUUGCGACAAGCAUAUCUUUAUUACGGCACCCUGCGCGGUGACAGCAAUGGAUGUGGCGCCCAUUAAUCAUUAUAAUGUUGCCAUUGGCUGCUCGGACUCCAUUGUUCGGCUCUAUGAUCGCCGCAUGCUCUCCGCUGGCAUCGAUCGGGAGCGCAUCACUUGGCCAUUGAAAGCGUAUCCCAUACCGAUGAAGUAUACACGCCGGCAUUACCGCCCCACCUGCGUUAAGUUUAGCGCCGACGAAUCGGAACUGCUGGUUAGCUAUUCCAUGGAGCAGCUAUAUUUGUUCGAUAUGCAUCAUCCGGGCUACAAUGAUGCCGAGCUGCUACGCAGCGGCUGUUACACGCCCAAGCUGCGGCGCGACAACGAUCCAGAGCCGCAAAUGCCGCGUCUGCGUUUUCGCGGCGAUUGGUCCGAUACAGGCCCCAAUUCCAUGGCCAGCGCCGAGCACGGUUCCAAUCGUCCCAAUGUCGGUCAGGCACGUCCACCGCUGGAGCCCGGUGUGCUGAGUCGACUCAGCGAUGAAAUCUUUCGCAUGCUCAAUUCACAAACACGUCAGCUACGUGCCCUAAAUCCGAGCACCAGCACCAGCUACUCCACCCCAAGGACACCGGCUCAUAUGUCCUGGCAAGACGCCGUUCUACGCACCCUGGACAACCAGAGGGAGACCGCAAUAGCUCCCAACAACAGCUUACUUAGUAGUGCCGCCACUGCACCCAUUCCUAUAGAGUCGCCGCCUGCAGUUGCGAACUCGUCAGCUGAUGAUGCCACACUUGCUGAAUCCUUGAAUGCUGAACCUGCAGAAGUGAAGAGCGACACUGUGCUGGAACCUGCUAGGGAGAAUAGGCAAGAUCGUCAAGAGCUGAACAAAUUUGACUAUGUGAAAAUGUCGUUUAGCGGACAUCGGAACUCGCGUACCAUGGUGAAGGGCGCCUGUUUCUGGGGCGACGACUUCAUUAUGUCCGGUUCGGAUUGCGGCCACAUCUUUGUGUGGCAACGGCAGACGGGCAAAGUGGUGAAAACGCUGCUUGCGGAUCAUCGUGUAGUGAAUCGUGUCCAGCCGCAUCCGACGCUGCCCUAUUUGGUUAGCUCGGGCAUUGAUUACAACGUGAAGGUCUGGGCGCCAAUUUCACCAAAGGCCAACUUCGACGAAAGCGAAACGGCUGAGCUGAUCAGGAGCAAUGAGAUAAUGCUGGUGGAGACACGCGAUACUAUAACGGUACCUGCUCAGAUCAUGAUACGCAUUUUGGCCAGUCUACAUCAGUAUCGUCGCCUGAUGCACGCCUCGGGUGGAUCGGCAUUCGGCAUGGAAAAUAGGCGGAACCGUAGAGACGCUGUACGCGUGGCUAUGAAUGCGGAGAAUGCGGGAGUUGUUGCUGUUGCUGUUGAUCGUAAUAAUGAUAAUGCAGCUAACGAUGAUAUUGAUAAUGAGAAUGAGGACAACGAUGAUAGUGAAAGCAACCACAACAGCAACAACUCGAAUGCAACUUAAACCAAUCUAGUCAA